AUGGUUCUGGCCACGGAUAAUUCUCUAAGACUAAACGAUUUCAUUCGUUUUCCGUUGCAGUGUUAUAGUGUCGUGGGUAUAAAGAUAUUUCAGUGGGAUGCAAAUGAUGUCAUGACCACCAAGGAGAAGUGUAUCUUUAUCUUUCUGGUAAUCAAUUUUAUAGUCUGUUGGUUUACGAAGGUUUUGUUCAUUGUGUUUGGUGAGUUUGUCGAUAUGGUGCACGCAACCCAGUGGAUGCUCUACUUAGUGUUUGCCAUGAACGGUUGUUUUAAAACCAUAUCUGUGGCAAUUGGUCGCCAGAAGCUUUACACAGUUCUCAAGGACAUUGAGCGGAUUUUUCCCCAGACUCUAAAGGAACGCCAGGAGUUCCGUUUGUCCCACCACUACGCCUAUAUUAUGCGGCACUCAAAAUUCAUGAGCAUUCAACACUGUAGCAUUGCCCUGAUGUUUAUUGUCUUUCCGCUGGUGCAGUCAUCAAUCGAAUAUUUGAUCAGCGAUGCGGAGAAUACGGAAUUUGUGGCACGUACACCCUACAUUAUGGUAUAUCCAUUCGAUGCAACUGGCGGAAUUGGUUAUGCUGUUGCCUAUUUAUCACAAUUAAUGGGUGGUUUUACGAUUUCGUGUUUUUUCAUCGGCUCCGAUAUGCUGUUAAUGUGUACGAUUUAUUUGGUAAUUAUGCAGUAUGACUAUCUCUGUUAUCGUAUUGACAAUUUCAAAGCGAAGGAUUUUGACAGUGAUAUGAAGGAGCUAAAAAUCGUAUUGGAAAGGCAUAAUUUGUUGAAUGUUGUUUCGAAAACGGUUAAUGACAUUUUCAGCAUUUCAAUAUUGUUGAAUUAUAUGAUCUCUAUACUGAUUAUCGUCCUGAUUUCGAUACAAAUUACCAAAGGUUCGGACUUGGAUUUGGAUAUGAUAAAAUUUGUUGGAUUUUUUGCAUCGUCUACAACACAAGUCUACUAUAUCUGUAUGUUUGGAAACUUGCUAAUUGAUUAUAGUUCCCGAGUUAGCGAAUCAUUAAUCGGCCAGGAAUGGUAUGCGACUGAUAUUCGUUAUCGACGUAUGCUGGUAUUGGCCAUAGCCCGUUCUCAGAGGCCAUCACAUUUGACUGCUUUCAAGUUUUUUACCAUUUCAAUGGAAAGUUAUGGCAAUUUAAUGACAUCGGCUUAUCAACUAUUUACUUUGUUAAAGACACAAAUGGAGCAGUAA